CACAGACGCCCACCUAUCACUGCCUCCACUCACUUUCUAUCACAGCUACUCAAGAUGGCGGCAGCUUCCUCCAUCCAGCCGCCGACCGUUCACUCUUUGAACCAGGAAAGUGCAAAUAUCCCGGAUUCUGACAGCCCGGAGAGCCGGCAGGAUGAGGACGCAGCAUCCGAGGGGACCAGUCUCCGAGACUUACCCGAUUUGGAACCGGAGGAAAUUGAGAAGAGGCUUGAGAAAACUCGCCGCGAGCUGAGCAACAGGAGGAAAAUCCUCAUUAAAAACCUUCCACAAGAUACAACCAACCAGGAGGUCCAUGAGAUUCUGAGAGAAUACGAGCUCAAGUACUGCUUUGUGGACCGCACCAAAGGGACAGCAUUUGUGACCCUGCUGAACGGUGACCAGGCUCAGCAUGCCAUCCGCUCCCUCCACCAGAGCAUUGUGCGCAGCCGGGACAUCACAGUGCAGCUCCAGCCCACAGACAGUCUGCUCUGCCUCACCAACCUGCCCCACACCUUUACUGCCCAGCAGCUGGAGGAGCUGGUCCGUUCCUACGGAAACAUCGAGCGCUGCUUCCUGGUCUACAGCGAGCUCACCGGACACUCCAAGGGCUACGGCUUUGUGGAAUACAUGAAGAAGGACUCAGCGUCGCGGGCGCGGUCGGAGCUGCUGGGGCGACCAGAGGGGGACCGUGCGGUCAUGGUCCAAUGGACAGAUGUGAACCAGUUGACUGCGGGUCACCACCUCCACUCUAAGUGCCUCUGUGUGGACCGGCUGCCCCAGGAGUACGACUCAGAAGAGCUGACCCUCCUGUUCUCAGACAGAUACAAACCUGUCUUCUGCCAGCUAGCCCAGGAUGAGGGCAGCCCAGUGCGAGGGUUCGGGGUGGUGGAGUAUGAGAGUGCAGAUCAGGCGGAGGCCAUACUGAUAGAGAUGGACAGAACACUGGUGGGAGGACAGGAGAUCCGUCUCUCUCUCUGCACCCCCGGAACCUCAGGCAGGAGCACAUUGGCAGCGCUCAUCGCUGCUCAGGGUGUGAUAUUGAGUAACAAGAAGGGCUUACUGCCGGAGCCCAACUUGGCCCAGCUGCUGAACAGCAUGACCAACCCAGCAGCCCUACAGGUCCUCAUGAGGCCUUACCACACUGGCAAACGAGGAGGGAAGUUUGGGCGGCCUCUCAGCCUGUCUCCAUUCCUCAGACCCCCCCUCACAGCAGCCCUGUUCCAACUGGGGAAGGUACAGCAGAGUUCCAUGUUGGGGAACGGUCUGGUGCUUCAGAAUCUAUUGCACAUGCAGCUGGCCCAGCAGCAGCUCCUGCACAUCAAAGACAAGCACAUGAGCAAUGUAUCUAGUCUGUUGGGUGACCCCUCUCGUCUACUUCUCCAGAAAGUCCUUGGUCUCAGGCCUCCAGCCCCCAUGGCCCUGGGAAAGGGUCUGCUGGGUGACUCCCCCACUGAGUUAGGUCAGGAGUCCCUGCCAAUGUCCAGUCAGGCCUCAGUGUCGGCAGCGGGCAUGAUGCCCUACCUGCAGGCGCAGUCACACCUGGGAACAGCCGUGGGAGGGGAACAGAACGGGGCCUGUAUCUACACCACAGCCUCUGACAGGCAACCAGCCCCUCCUGGGACCAUGGCGAAUGCUCAGCCCCAGGGACAGAGCUACUACCUGGGUCCACCACCACCCAAAGCUCCAGGGGGCCACCAGCCCGGCCGACACAGCUACAGCAGCACUGAGAGUAGCCCAGCUAGUGGAGCUCCCAUCAGUCAGUUCUCUCUCCUUGGUGAACCCCCUAAAGAGAUGAAGCUACCUUCCAAUCCAUACCUGAAUCUAGCUAGUGUGUUACCUGGCAUGGUGCUGCAAGCCCCGACGGCCUGUAAAAUGCAGACAGGGCAGCCUCUAGUUGGGGUGUACAGCAGUGCUAUGCCCCCUGUCUCCCAACCCUCCACUUCCCAAACCCCAGCACCCUACAGCACCGAUACCUCUGCAGACUACAGUCACUACAGCCAGGCAUACUCACAGGAGGCUAUGCAGCAGUGGUACCAGCACUACCAAGCCCAGAGCUACAGCACCGCCCCACAGGAGAGCCAAGCUAAGGACUAUAGCAAGGAGCACACACAGCAGGCUGUGGCAGCGGCGGUGCCAUCCUAUGGGGAUUACAGCUCCUACAUGCAUGCUGUCAGUCAAUACUAUUGUCAGCCUCCGAUGACCCAGCCACCUCCCCAGGUCUACCAGCACAGAGACCCUACCAAGUCAGGAUGUGGAAUCAGUGGUGUGAAUAUGGUCCUGCCAGCCUACAGCACCAUGCCUAUGAUGUCAGGCUUCAACAACAACGCACACCCACCCAGCUCCAAAUCCAGGAUCACGGCACCAAUGAAUGGAACCAGACUAGACAAUCAGACGACUCGGGGGCAGAAGCGGGAGUACCCUCACUUGGCCGUGCACAAUAUGACAUCAGAGGGGGCGUACGUGGGUCAGCACUCCCAGGGGCUGGGGGGUCAGUACGCUGACUACUUCAAGAAGAAGAGAAUCUAGAGAUGACCUCUGAACCUCUGCACCCUAUCUCCUAAACCAUACAGUACAUACACAGUCUCAGCUUUAGUGUUGUAUGAUGUUGGUAUACACACAGACACACACAAGGCAGACUGACACACACACACACACACACACUAUGUUGCUUUUGUCCUGUGCAAGCCUUAACUCUUAACUCAGUUGGUGUAAAUGUUUCUUGACUAAUAAUGUACAUUGUUUCUAAUGUAUGUGAGCUGCUUCUGUAUUUUAGGGUCAGUCAGUCUGCCUUGUUGAAGGCCAGUCAGUGUGUAGUCAGGUUUCCCUCUCUCUGUUUCUAUCACUCUGUUUCUAAUCGCUUUUCUACAAACGGGGGAAACUGGCCAGUGUUGCAGACAGAGUUGAUUUGAUGGCUCACUUUAACUGACAUGUUUUUCUCUUCAGUGUCUUUCUCUUUUUCUGAUUGCCUAAGCUCUCCUUUUAUCUCUCUUUGUGGAGACCUUGAUGUAGUGUGUGUGUGUUGUGUCGUAAGUGUAGGAGUGAGCAGCCAUUUGCAGGGUAGAAGAAGGCAGGGCUACCCUGGAAACUCAGAGACACAGGGAGAGGGAUGUCUCAUCACUGCUUUUAACCUUGAACAAUGGACACUUAUAGACUCCUAUUGGUGUGGUGUACUAGGAAAUGAAUGGACACAUAACUUGGUACCUUAUAGACAUGACAAUAGUCACUGAGUGGACACCUCUUUGGGUCGAUAUAGCCAUGUAUUAUAACUAGCUAGUGGAUGGACAUUUCCAAGACCUAGGCCUUCUUCUUAUGGCUCUGUGUAUGAUAGCUACAGGGUGGAAACCUUUUUACUGUUUAUAAUGGCUGUCGUUUUCUGUAGGGGCCAUUGAACAGUGGCUCAGUCGAGGAACAGAAGAGGUUCCCAGGCUCCCCUCUUCUUUUUCUGCUGUUCUUUUAAAUGACCUUUCUGGACGGGAAGCGCUGUGGAGACACAAACCAACCAACUUUAAUACUGCUUCAUAAACUGCCAUUAGAAAUGAAACAGGAAACAGAAAAAUUCAGGAGAGUAGCCAUGUUGAAUUAUCUCAGAGUAAUUUCCAUUUUGAUUCCGUCAAUUCAGAAAGUAAAAGAUGACCGUCAACUUUCAUCAAGCCAUGAAUCGAAUUGAAAUGAAUCACCUUGAGAUUCACGUGGUACAGCAGGGGUAGGCAACCCUGUUCCUGGAGUGCUAAAGGCAGUGUAGGAUUUUAUUCCGGCACCACACCUGACCAGCUGGGCUAAUUGAUCAGUUCAGUGAUUGACUAAAUUAAACACACCUGGUCUUGCAGGUCGUUUACAUCAAAAACGUGCUUGCGGCACUUCAGGACCAGGCUUGCCUACUACCCCUGUGGUACAGUGACAAAGCACUGAAACCCAACCCUUGUGGACUGACGGGGGGUUUUAGAGGUACGAAGGGCAUGGGAUGAGGGACUUAGUACCAUGUUAAGUACUGGCACAGGUCUUCAGCCUUAGACCCAGGCAAUAACAACAGCUACUGUACCAAUUAAUAUCACAAUGCCAACAUGAGGGCAUACAAGGGCAUUGCCGCUCAAUGUGUAGUGUGCUACAAUCAAACUGUCAGUUUCUUUCUCUCUUCAUCUUUCUUCCUCUCCUUUUCUCUCUAUCUGAUCCCUAAUCUCUCUCUAAUCUAUCUGUUUUCAUCCUUCACUCUGAGUUGAAAAAGCGGCAUUCUCCUGUGUCACGUGACUUGAAGUACUGAUGUUUUUAGUGGUGUCCUAUAUCAUGCUCUUAACGGGCAAAGCUGUAACAUAUUUUAAACCCUUUCAGUGCUGUGUUACACUGGCUUAGAGCCAUACUUUUACUUGUACUGUGUGUGUAUGUUGGACUUGGCUUUUCCAGCCAGUUGAUUGCUAGCUUCAACCACAUCUUUAAAAGGCAAUGCUUAGAAGUGUGUGUGUGUGUGUGUGUGUGAGAGAGACUGUAGGAAGCUGUCUCAGUCAGUGUCUGUAAAAGGCAGGUCAUAAUGUCUGUCUGUAGUCAGGCACUUUAAGCCAGUCUGUGUUGUUUUAAUGGCCCUCCGGUGAUUUAAUUAGCCUUUUUUCUCUAAGCCAUUACCGGGUGUGCCAUAGUGCUAUGCAGAGCUGUGCCUGUGUGUUUUCUGACCUGCUCAUAUUCCUUCUUUGCCUAAUAGCAGGUCCAUAUGCUUUUAUAGGAUUUCAGUGUACUGUAUGUAGUCUGAGUUUGUGUGUGAAUAAGUUGUGUGCGUUUAAUAACCUGCUUUUGGCAGGUAUGAGGGGAACAGACAGCAGAGAGGGAGAAAGAGAGGAGUGGGAGAGAGAAAGGAAAGAAAGAGGAGAGUGGGAGAGAGAGAAAGAAAGGAGAGUGGGAGAGAGAGAGAGAGAGGAGAGUGGGAGAGAAAGAGGAGAGAGAGUAGAGAAAGAGAGGAGUGGGAGAGAGAGAGGAGAGUGGGAGAGAGAGAGAGAAAGAAAGGAGAGUGGGAGAGAGAGAGAAAGAAAAGGAGUGGGAGAGAGAAAGAGAGGAGAGUGGGAGAGAAAGAGGAGAGAGAGUAGAGAAAGAGGAGAGUGAGAGAGAAAGAGGAGAGAGAGUAGAGAAAGAGGAGAGUGGGAGAGAGAGAGAGGAGAGUGGGAGAGAAAGAGAGGAGAGUGGGAGAGAGGAGAGUGGGAGAGAGAGGAGUGGGAGAGAGAAAGAGAGGAGAGUGGGAGAGCGAGAAAGAGAGGGACAGAGAAAAACAGCUCCAGCUGCUAGCACAGUCUGUGUUUAUUCAUUUGGCGUUCCAUUUUGAUGAGUCUUUUUUUCCCUGUCUGUGUGCACAUGUGCGUGCGUGCAUUUAGCGGAGGUCUCUUAUGGUAUGCUCCAGGUCUGUUACCAUAUAAUAUUGUGAUGAUAGUCAGCACAGAUACCUCAUUACCUCUGCAUGACAUCUCUCUGACUCCUCUUAGAAGUGUUCCCUUUAGUAUUGCAUGUACACUGAGUAUACCAGACAUUAGGAACACCUUCCUAAUAAUGACUUGCACCCCCCCUCAGAACAGGACUCUACACGGUGUUGAAAGCGUUCCACAGGGAUAAUGGCCCAUGUUGACUCCAAUGCUUCCCACAGUUGUGUCAAAUUGGCUGGAUGUUUUGGGUAGUGGACCAUUCUUGAUACACAUGUUUUUUUGACACAAUAAAACUUGUGUGCCUGGCACCUACAACCAUAAUCAGUUCAAAGACACUUAAAUGUUUUGCCCAUUCACCCUCUGAAUGGCACACAUACACUGUAGCAAAGCUUAAAACUCCUGUCUCCUCCCCUUCAUCUACACUGAUUGAAAGAGCAGUGUUUUGUACACUCGGUGUAUAGCGUUGAUGAUGUUACAGGUUUUAAAGCAAGCCCUGGUUAAAGGGGAGAAUGAGAAUCAGCCUCAAGGGCCAGAGUGCUUUUAGUUUUGCUAGAACCAGUGACCUGACCAGAGAUUGAAGGGUUAAGGGAUUUCCCAUCUACAGUAACAAUCAAAAGUUUAGACACACCUACUCAUUCAAGGGUUUUUCUUUAUUUUUUAUAAUAGUGACGACAUCACAACUUUGAAAUAACACAUAUGGUAUCAUGUAGUAACCAAAAAAAGUGUUAAACAAAUCAAUAUUUAUAUUUGAGAUUCUAUACUGUAGCCACCCUUUGCCUUUAAUAACAGCUUUGCACAUUAUUGGCACUCUCAACUAGCUUCAUGAGGUAGUCACCUGGAAUGCAUUUCAAUUAACAGGUGUGCCUUGUUAAAAGUUAAGAAGGAAAUAAAUUCCACAAAUUAAUGCAUUUGAGACAAUCAGUUGUGCUGUGACAAGGUAGAGGUGGUAUACAGAGGAUAGCCCUAUUUGGUAAAAUACCAAGUCCAUAUUAUGGUAAGAAUAGCUCAAAUAAGCAAAGAGAAACGAUAGUCCAUCAUUACAUUAAAGACAUGAAGGUCAGUCAAUCCAGAAAAUUACAAGAACUUUGAAAGUGUCUUCAAGUGCAGUCGCAAAAACCAUCAAGCGCUAUGAGUAAACUGGCUCUCAUGAGGACCACCACAGGAAAGGAAGACCCAGAGUUACAUCUGCUGCAGCAGAUAAGUUCAUUAGUCCAAAUUUGAGAAUUUUAUUUUCAACCGCUGUGUCUUUGUGAGGCGCAGAAUAGGUGAACGGAUGAUCUCCGCAAGUGUGGUUCCCACAGUGAAGCAUGGAGGAGAUGUGAUGGUGUGGGUGUUGCUUUGCUGGUGUCACUGAUUUAUUUAAAAUUCAAGGCACACUUAACCAGCAUGGCAACCACAGCAUUCUGCAGCGAUAUGCCAUCCCAUCUGGUUUGCUCUUAGUGGGACUAUCAUUUGUUUUUCAACAGGACAAUAAGCCAACACACCUCCAGGCUGUGUACAGGAUAUUUGACCAAGAAGGAGAGUGAUGGAGUGCUGCAUCAGUUGACCUGGCCUCCACAAUCACCUGACCUCAAUCCAAUUGGGAUGGUUUGGGAUGAGUUGGACCGCAGAGUGAAGGAAAAGCAGCCAACAAGUGCUCAGUAUAUGUGGGAACUCCUUCAAGACUGUUGGAAAAUCAUUCCAGGUGAAGCUGGUUGAGAGAAUGCCAAGAGUGUGCAAAACUGUUAUCAAGGCAAAAGGUGGCUACUUUGAAGAAUCUAAAUAUAUACAUAUAUAGAUUUCUAAUUUUGUCUGUCAUAGUUGAAGUGUACCUAUGAUGAAAAUUACAGGCCUCUCAUCUUUUUAAGUGGAAGAACUUGCACAAUUGGUGGCUGACUAAAUACUUUUUUGCCCCACUGUAUUUUGAUUACUACAUGAUUCCUUAUGCGUUAUUUGAUAAUUAUUCUACAAUGUAGAAAACAGUAUAAAAAAAAUAAUUAAACUGAGUAGGUGUGUCCAAACUUUCGACUGGUACUGUAUAUCGGUUGUGCCCAUCUUUGCAUGUUGACAUCUAGGUGUAUUGUUAUAUUCAUUGGAAACAAGGUACACGGUCAGUGUUGUAGGAGAAUCAGCUAGUUUGAUGUGUCUGUAGGCUGCGUUGACACAACAAUGUUGGUACUACACUGGGUGAGCACAAAGAGUGAGCCUGUGCCUAGGGUACUGAACCGUGUGUGUGUGUGUGUGUGUGUGUGUGUGAGAGCUUUGCAAUACUGAAGUGUUUACGACUGAACAGAAUAUUUUAAAGGCUUUACAGUCAUGGCCAAAAGUUUUGAGAAUGACACAAAUUAAUUUCCACAAAGUUUGCUGCUUCAGUGUCUUUAGAUAUGUGUCAGAUGUUACUAUGGAAUACUGAAGUAUAAUUACAGUGUGUCAAAGCCUUUUCUUGACAAUUACAUUAAGUUGACGCAAAGAGUCAAUAUUUGCAGUGUUGACCCUUCUUUUUCAAGACCUCUGCAUUCCGCCCUGGCAUGCUGUCAAUUAACUUCUGGGCCACAUCCUGACUGGUGGCAGCCCAUUCUUGCAUAAUCAAUGCUUGGAGUUUGUCAGAAUUUGUGGGGUUUUGUUUGUCCACCCACCUCUUGAGGAUUGACCACAAGUUCUCAAUGGGAUUAAGUUCUGGGGAGUUUCCUGGCCAUGGACCCAAAAUAUCGAUGUUUUGUUCCCCGAGCCACUUAGUUAUCGCUUUUGCCUUAUGGCAAGGUGCUCCAUCAUGCUGGAAAAGGCAUUGUUCGUCACCAAAUUGUUCCUGGAUGGUUGGGAGAAGUUGCUCUCGGAGGAUGUGUUCCAUUCUGGCUGUGUUCUUAAGCAAAACUGUGAGUGAUCCCACUCCCUUGGCUGAGCAGCAACCCCAAACAUGAAUGGUCUCAGGAUGCUUUACUGUUGGCAUGACACAGAACUGAUGGUAAGCGCUCACCUUGUCUUCUCCGGACAAGCUUUUUUCCGGAUGCCCCAAACAAUUAGAAAGGGGAUUCAGAGAAAAUGACUUUACCCCAGUCCUCAGCGGUCCAAUCCCUGUACCUUUUGCAGAAUAUCAGUCUGUCCCUGAUGUUUUUCCUGGAGAGAAGUGGCUUCUUUGCUGCCCUUCUUGACACCAGGGCAUCCUCCAAAAGUCUUCGCCUCACUGUGCGUGCAAAUGCACUCACACCUGCCUGCUGCCCUUCCUGAGCAAGCUCUGUACUGGUGGUGCCCCGAUCCCGCAGCUGAAUCAACUUUAGGAUAUGGUCCUGGCGCUUGCUGGACUUUCUUGGGCGCCCUGAAGCCUUCUUCACAACAAUUGAACCACUCUCCUUGAAGUUCUUGAUGAUCCGAUAAAUGGUUGAUUUAGGUGCAAUCUUACUGGCAGCAAUAUCCUUGCCUGUGAAGCCCUUUUUGUGCAAAGCAAUGAUGACGGCAGGUGUUUCCUUGCAGGUAACCAUGGUCGACAGAGGAAGAACAAUGAUUCCAAUCACCACCCUCCUUUUGAAGCUUCCAGGCUGUUAUUCGAACUCGAUCAGCAUGACAGAGUGAUCUUCAGCCUUGUCGUCGUCAACACUCACACCUGUGUUAACAAGAGAAUCACUGACAUGAUGUCAGCUGGUCCUUUUGUGGCAGGGUUGAAAUGCAGUGGAAAUGUUUUUGGGGGAUUCAGUUCAUUUGCAUGGCAAAGAGGGACUUUGCAAUUCAUCUGAUCACUCUUCAUAACAUUCAGGAGUAUAUGCAAAUUUCCAUCAUACAAACUGAGGCAGCAGACUUUGUGAAAAUUAAUGUGUCAUUCAAAACUUUUGGCCACGACUGUAGACCCAGAUUGGGUGUGCUAUUUGCUUUCUACUGUUUGUUUUUUAAAGUAUGUGGACUAUUUCUGACAUGAAAUCUCUACCGUAGAUUUUGCAAUAUUUUAUAAUACAACUACGUUGAUAUUGCUUUACUGUGAAUAAGCUAUUUCUAGAUGCAAUCAAAUUUUAGCAUGCAUAUUUACUGCUGUAAUAUACAAAUAUGUUUUCAACAAUUAAUAUUGCGUUUGACACUUUGGAAUUUGACACAGAAGGCAAAAAAAUACAUUUUAGAUUUUAUUUAUUUUAAUUGUGUAUUUAUGUAAAUGUUUCCGAGAGUCAUUAUUUCUUUGUCUUAUUCCUCUGAAAAAUGUAUUUGUUUUCUCUUCUUUAUGAGCAGAAAGAAUGGUCUUUUACAUUCCAGAAUAAACAUGGACUGUAAACUGAAAAACUAUUCUGUGUUGUCUUCUUCUUGCAUUGACUAUCUCAUCCACACAUUGUCUGUCCAGCACCUUCUUUACAUAUGUUCUCAAUAUCACAUUUUCCCUUUUCAACUGUGUUUGCCUACGGUAAAGAUACCUGUAAGUCAGUGGAGGCUGGUGGGAGGAGCUAUAGGAGGAUGGGCUCAUUGUAAUGGCCGCAAUGGAAUUAAUGGAACGGAGUCAAACGUGGUUUCCAUAUCUUUGUGUUUGAUACCGUUCCAUUUACUCCAUUCCAGCCCGUCCUCCUAUAGCUCCUCCCACCAGCCUCCACUGCUGUAGACCUUACUGGCAUAUGCAUUUCAUGAGCUAUACAACAAUGUCUGUUCUGCUAAUUAUUUUUCUGUGGUUUACCCUUUUAGAUGGUCUCAACACCUUUUUAAGGCUCUGUUCUUCAUCUCCUUCCUUCUGUCCUCACACCCCCAAUAUUGUAUAUUCAAAUAAAGACAUGAAAUAUUGGACAUACACAUUAUGGCUGUACUUAAGAAGCUGAUUUGAAAUACAAGCGGUUUACAGUAAAGUUUAUGUAAAGCUAUACUGCCCUCCAUUGUCCAUCACAGGUACUACUCAUCCCAAUCCAACAGUAUACUAUAUCCCAUACAUCGUUGCUCAUUGUGUAUUUAUUUUACUUGUUUUACCUUCUAUUAUUUUACUCGCUGCAUUGUUGGGAAGGGCCCAAAUGAAAGCAUUUCACUGUUAGUCCACACCUGUUGUUUAUGAACAAUGUGUAGAAUAAAAUGUGAUUUGAUAUUUCACCAGUAUCCUAUAUCCUACACAUCUGUCACCACUCACAGGGAGGUGGCCUCAUGCAGUCAAUCCAUGGUUAGAAUCCUGUUCACUAACAUGUCGUUGGCUUUGUCACUGUGACAUCUUCACAGUGGCCGUAGCAAUCCUUUUCCAGAGUCCAUCUUGCACAGGUCCAAUCAAGGGCCUCUCUCCCGCUUUUUCUUCGACCCUUUUCUCCAUUUUAGAACUGAUUAUAAGGAUACAGGUCCACACAUACAAGGCAGAGCUGAUCCAUUUUGAUAAAAGUUGAAAAGGUCAGACUGAGUGGUGGGCCCCAGGUGACAGAGGUGUACACAGCUCAGUGUCACAUUCAGCAAGGGGUCAAAGCUCCGUGUUAGCACAUGUUUCAUUCCAUAUGCUAUGUAUGUAUUCAUGCUUCUACAUCUGCAUUGCUUGCUGUUUGGGGUUUUAGGCUGGGUUUCUGUACAGCACUUUGAGAUAUCAGCUGAUGUAAGAAGGGCUGUAUAAAUACAUUUCAUUUGAUGAUAUUCAUCCUUAUAGUUUAUCUCUAGUAUAAUA